GUUUUUCCUCUUUUAUUUAUUUUCUCUGCAAAACGGAUUAUAAUCGACCAUCAUGUCCAUGACAGCACCAGUAUACCCACCUAAUGCAGGAAAUACCACUGGACAUGCACUUCAUCCAGGACUUUAUGAAUACCUUGCAGAAUUAGUUUCGAAACGAGUGGCUACAAUUAAAUAUAUCAGAAAGGCCCACGAGGGAAACACACAUUGGUUUAACACGAUUUUGUUAACAAGGGAAAGUUUAUCUGGAAUGUACCCUAAUUCCAAAAUGGCUAAAAGAACAUACAACUUUUAUGCACUGGGUUUAUCAUUGGGCGCUAUUUUAGAUAUCACAAAUCCAAUCGAUUAUAUCAAGGCACUAGGUCAAAUCAUGACCGAAUUCGAAAGACAUACUAGUGAUGAUUCGAAACAAAAGAUGAAAAAUAUCUUUAGAAAGGCGAAAUCAAAGGAUGAUCAUAGCUUUUCAGAUAAUACAGGAGAGUAUGGAUAUUUGAUUUUACCUCAUAUCCCUUUUGAAAUGGAUUAUUUUGAAACGUUUUUUACUUUGAUUGAUAUAAUGGCAGAGGCGUAUUAUAAAUUACUUGUUGGCACUGAAGGCCCUAUUUGUACGCAAGCUUAUUUUGAGCUGGUUCUCAAAUGUGAUGGAAAGUUUAAGAAAAUUGUGACAAUGGUUACCAAAGAAUUGGAUUUAUUAGCGAGACAUGCCAUUAAAGAAGAACUUAAAGUCAUUGACCCUCUUUGUCAUCUCUCAGGAAAGGCUUCCUCACCAAUCGAAUUUGAUCCUUCUUCUUCUGAUGUCUAAAAUGACCUCUCAUCUCUUUAAUAUCUAUCCUUCUAUCUACUUAGUAGUAAAAAUUACCCUUUAUUAUACGUAUGUUUAAUUUCGGCAGCGAUGGAUGUGAUUAACGCCUUCAAGGUUGAUCUAUUUGUCGCUGUGCCUACCUCCUUUUGAAGAUUUAGAUUUAUGGUUGCCGCCAUAUUU